GUUACUUAUAUCACAAGGCUACAGGUGCCUUUAUUUCCACUGCACGCUGGUGCUGGAGCGCCUGCCUUCUCUUGCCUUGAAAGCCUCUUCUUUGGACCUAGUCACCGCUGUCCUCACGGUGAUGUUGGACUCAGUGACACACAGCACCUUCCUGCCCAACGCAUCCUUCUGCGACCCCCUGAUGUCGUGGACUGAUCUGUUCAGCAAUGAAGAGUACUAUCCCGCCUUUGAGCAUCAGACAGCCUGCGACUCCUACUGGACAUCCGUCCACCCAGAGUACUGGACUAAGCGCCAAGUCUGGGAAUGGCUCCAGUUCUGCUGUGACCAGUACAAGCUGGACGCCAACUGCAUCUCCUUCUGUCACUUCAAUAUCAGCGGCCUGCAACUGUGCAGCAUGACACAGGAGGAGUUCGUGGAGGCGGCUGGCAUCUGUGGGGAGUACCUGUACUUCAUCCUCCAGAACAUCCGCUCGCAAGGCUACUCCUUUUUUAAUGAUGCUGAAGAGACCAAGGCCGCCAUCAAAGACUAUGCUGAUUCCAGUUGUUUGAAAACAAGUGGCAUCAAAGGUCAAGACUGUCACAGUCAUAGUCGAACAAGUCUCCAAAGUUCACAUCUAUGGGAGUUUGUGCGAGAUCUGCUCCUAUCUCCCGAAGAAAACUGUGGCAUUCUGGAAUGGGAAGAUAGGGAACAGGGUAUUUUUCGGGUGGUUAAAUCAGAAGCCCUGGCAAAGAUGUGGGGACAAAGGAAGAAAAAUGACAGAAUGACGUACGAGAAGUUGAGCAGAGCCCUGAGAUACUACUACAAAACGGGGAUUCUGGAACGAGUCGACCGAAGGUUAGUGUAUAAAUUCGGAAAAAACGCACACGGGUGGCAGGAGGAGCAGCUAUGACCCACUCCAUCGUCCGCUCUCUUUAUGGAUUUCUGUCUUUGAAAACAAUCUGAUUGCAAUAGACACUUGAAAGUCUUUGUUUUGUUUUGUUUUGAAACCUACAAACGUGCUGAUAAAAUUUCUCCACAUCCAGCUUAUAUUUGGAUUCUGAGUCGUUGUCCUCCACUUGGGGGUGAUGGCAGCGACCCCUAAGAAUUUCUUUUUCAACCAGGGGUGGGAGGAGAUGAUCUUUUGUGAUACCUUGAUCAAACAUGAUUUCCCUAAUCAAGAGUUGCAGAAUCUCAAUGCUAUUGGUGCUGCUCAGAGAAAAAGGAUUCAACUGGGCUGUUAGAAACUCAUCCAGUGCUUCCAUGACUAAAGCUCAAAGGUUUCCCCAAAUUUAACUGUGGCAGUUCGCAAAGGGGUGAUUAGUUUGUAGCUGAUAUAGUAGGAGGGUGAGACGUGGGUAAGACAAACAUACUGUAGAUUUUAAAUCAUGAAAGACAAAUUCCAUAGAACAGUUUCUUAAUGCGAGAGCUAAGCCAUCAAUCUGGGACAUACUGGAUUUAU